GGCGCUUACCCCAUAAACAUGAACAGCCGCGUUUGUUUUUAUUCUCUGUCGUACUUCUCGGUCAAAAAGUGUAACUGUUGUGAGUCUUUGAGAAAUAUUACGGAAUUUGACGAAAUAUCACUGAUUAUUCCACGCAAAUGGCUACCACAGCACCUGAAGGACUGGAUGUAACGAAUCUUAAAUUCAAACUCCAGAGCAAAGUACCGAUAUUCAAGGGGAACGGUAAUGUGCAAAAUGGCUGCAAUCUACUGGCAGCGGCCAGUGUACAUGGUCUGAUUUUCGCCGGAGCAACCGAUCGUAAUCUGAGAGUGUUACAGCUCAAAGAUAUCACCCAAGAGCGUGUUAUAGACGAGAUUGUUCCACUCCGUACAAUCGCACUACCAAGUGAACCGUUCCAACUUGCUGUUAGUAGCGAUCAUUCGCUUCUAGCUGUUGACGUCAGUGUAAAUGGAGUUUCAUUUAUCUACAUCUAUGCUGUUGCUUCGUUUCUCACAGCUUCGAUUGUCAAGCUGCAGGAAAUUCGUACUUCACCUGAAGCCAAUGUGAGAGGCACUCAGAUACUAUGGAAUCCGGUUAUACACAAUAUAUUCUCGCUGCGUGCCGAAAAUGGGGCAUUGUCGGUUUACACAUUGAAGGAGCAAUCAGGAUUGGAGUUUCAUUCUCUGGAUAAAAAUGAAAAGGCCAUUUGUGCCUGUUGGAGCCCAAAGGGAAAGCAACUGGUGGUUGGAUUUGCGAACGGAAAACUUGUUCAAUAUAAACCCGAUUUGAAACCAGCGAGAACAAUAAUGUGCCCAAGUGGGGUACUGGAAGGAAAUUUCGACGUGAUUGCAUUGCAAUGGUUAUCCACCUACCAAUUUGCCGCUGUGUUUCUGCCUCAUGCGGAAGAUAGUGUUCCUGCGCUGUUUAUAAUAAACGCACCCAAAUCUGGAAAUCCGGUUUUUAUCAAUUAUGACGAUAUUUGCUACAGCCAAAGUGGUCCGAGAAGAGGUCAAGUAUUUUUGUUGCAUAUUGUGCCCUGGAAUCUCUUACUCAUGGCAUCGGUAAAUAGUAUGGAAGUGGGUAUUCUGGGAACAACCGAAUCCGGUGAGACGCCCACCUGGUGUCAGUGGACCACAACAGACGAAGCAAGGGCGGAGCUUCCAUUGACGUCUGAUAAACAAGAAUCAUUCCCAGUAGGAUUAGUACUGGAAACCGGCUGUACCCACCAAGUGACCAUAGGAGAGCAGACAUUUCCUGUUAUGCCAAUGAUACAUCUACUAUCCACAUAUGGUCUACUGGUAUCGUUCAAUGUGCUGAACUUGACGCCGAAUGCGCCAAGCCUGUGUUCACCCCCGAAACCGAUAUCUGACAUGUCGGGUAAAUUCGAGAAAAUCGACUUCAAUAAUCGUGUAAAGCCUGUUGCAGCGCCAGCUUCAUCCGCUGAAAUUUCGUUUGCCGUUCCCGUUGGAGCUACCUCAACUCCAGCAAUAGCUAAAACGAAAUCGUUCUUCAGCCCUAGUGAAAAUAAGUCUCCUAUGAAUCUUUUUGGGGGAAAUACUGCGACAUCAGUUGCUGGUACGAAUGCUACGACAAUAACUCCAUCUUUUGGGAAACAAAUAACGUUCGGAGGUGCUCCUCCAGCAGCAGCCAUAGACGCGCCUAAGCCAGUUGCAUUCGGAAGUAGUGCCGCAAAUCAGGUUCCCACGCCACCGCAAACUCCGCAAUCACAGCUAAAAACAUUUUCAUCUCAAGCAGUGAAGGCACCGGAGCCAUCAAAACCAUUGGUGACAGUGCCCUCAACGUACACACCCACACCUGCCACUGAAGUGAUUCGUUCUGCUUCCGUGGGGAGCGUUUCUCAGCAAACACAGCAAAGGCCCGCUCAGAGAAAGCCUGAGUCUUCCGAUGAUACUAACUUAGUGAUCCGCUCAAUGAUAACAGAGGAGAUCAACAAAAUACACAAGGAACUCUUAGAUUUGCAGAAUCGCUGUAAAUCUCUGAGUAUUGAUGUUGGUUCGAAAGAAGAUUCCGCAAAAAUUAUAAAAAACCUCAAAGAACUCCAAGAUCUGAGCGUGCAGGCGGCCGAAAGCACGGAAUCCCUCAUUUCCGAUGUACAAGCUUUGCGUUUAGGUCUCAACGAAGCAUUUGCGAUGGUAGCUGAGGCAAAUAGUAAAAAUUCUAUCUACAAACAUCCCAGCCCAAAUCAGUUCCAGGAAACGCAUGCUAUGUCCCAGUCUAGUCGACGCCAACUCGCCAGCCUCCAAAAUAUGUUCGCUGUGAACGAGAAUCAAUUGCAGAUUAUAAACAAGCAAAUUGACGCUCAAUGGUCCUCAAUACAACAAGCUAAUGACUUGAAUUCCAAACGAAGAAUGCAUGUGCCCAGCUUAGAGGUUCUUUACCAAACGCUCAAAAAACAACAGGAAAUUCUCAAUCGGCAUCGUGAAAAGCUAGGCCUUAUCAAGAGAGACCUUGGAAUGCGUGAGAACAUCCGUGGUUUGGAGAAAGGAAAAAUGAAGGAACCCCCCAAUGAGACGGCUAUCGAUUCGUUGACCGAUUCGAUUAUAUCCAUGACCAUCGCUGACAAGGUACGUGAAGAUGCUUGUCGAAUGAAUGAAACCAAAAUGAGCUCUCUGCGAAACAUGCUGAGAAAUAGAAAAAUUACCAUCAUCAAACCCGGCAGACCAGAUCGUGUAGGGCUCAACUCCGAAGUGGUGCGGGAACGUCGUAAUGAAGUGAGACGAUUACAUCUGGAGAAAGAGAAAGUGAUGACGGAGGCCGCUAGUCCAAUCACUUGUGCUCCUGCUGUUUCGAAAACAAUGGAAGAAAAAUUUAAGCCUCGGAAAGAAGCGACCCCAGUUAAAGCUGCACCUAUAGAGCCUACCAAAAGCUUCGAAUUACCCAAAGCAUCGGCCGUUCCUUCAUUUGCACCCAAGCCUAUUCCAGAUACCAAUGUUUCCGCAGCAAUACAGCCUAUAGUCGCAGCCCAAACUAUGACAACCACUGCGUCGUUUAAUUUUACGCCAACACCAGUAAAUUCCAAUAUAAAGAAUCCGACAGCAUUCGGUGCUACAAUGACUGCGAAUGCAAACAUUAACAACCCUGCUGCAUAUAGUUUUGGGCCAAUUUCUCAGCCAUCAGAUCAACCCUUUAAACCGAAGGAGCAAUCAGGUUCAAGAGAGACAACAAUUUUCGGAAACACCACUAUUAAACCAGUUCCUGCUAAUCCAACUUUAACAAUGGGUCCGAAGGAAAAAGAACCCCAAGAGCUUCCAUCAAAGCCCACAAUUUCAUUCGGGUUUACUAGUUCAUCGGUUCAAAAUAUUACCAAACCGGAAAUUUUUAGUUCGGCUCCUGACUUUGCCAAGCCUGCUAUGAACUUUGGCUCUAAUAAUAAUACUAGUAAGCAAUCUUCUGUAUUCAGUUUUGGACUAACCAAUACGGGUCCAUUAUCAUUUGGACCCUCGCAACCACCAACACCUGUCGACCAAACACCUGUUUCCAUCGCUGAUGUCGCGAAAGAGAACCAAUCUGAAGCGAAGAAUAAUGAUAAACCCAAGAAUUUUAUCAGUCAAGAAAUUCCAAUGUCAACUAGCAAAAAUGAUGAGGCAGUAAAAGCUUCGUUUCCUGGAAUUACAAGCUUGCUGCAAAAGGAUGACCGGAAUAAAACUGAGCCACCAAGAACUCCAAGUAUGUUUGUAUCUGUAGCAAAACCUACCACUGUUCCCGCACAGGCUUCAUCAACUGCUACGAAUCUGACCAGCACUACGCCAGUGUUUGGUAAAAAUACUACAACAGGAACGACGAUUCCGAGUUCCGCGACGUCUGCGCCGCCCGUUGGCUUAUUUAGUAGUUUGUCCUUUGGGGCGGUUACAUCAACAGCGAACGCUUCCGUACAGUCUUCGCCAGCAACGAUGGUUAGCACUAUGUCCGCUGCUCCGGUAGCUAAAACUUCAUCCAAUAUGUUUGGAUCCAUCCAGCCACCUGCUGCACCCACUGCAAAUAUUGGAGUUUCAUUUGGAUCUUCGGAAACUCACACCAAACCCACUGAUUUGUCUAUUAAGGCAGAUACUCAAAAAACUCAAACAAGUGUUGUUUUCGGAGUUACUACUCCAACGUUUAGCAUCUCAACAACAUCGACAGGAUCUUCUACCGCCACAACUACCGCCGUUACUGCAGCUGCAGCCACAACAGCGGCUCUACCUACGACAUCCAGCAUCUCAUUUGGGUUUGCUGCAACCGUCAGUUCAACUGCUCCAACAUCUUCGACACAAACCACUGUACCAACCGCAUCUAAUGUAGCAUCGACCACAGAUUCCACAGCCAACCUAUUCGGAUCAUUCACCAUCUGCAGUCCACAUUCAACUUCAGCCACAUCCACCACUUCUAACAUUUUCGGUAGCACUUCCUUCUCGGUGCCCAAAGCUACUGUGGCCUCUAUUUUCGGUGGUAAUGCCACCGCAACUCCUUCAUUUGUCACUGAUACAACCCAGACAACUACAGUUUUUUCAACCACACCGGUAGCUACCAGUGCUAGUACACCUGGGACUGGUCUUUUUGGAUCGGUAACUAGCGAUGCUGGAGGUUCUAGUUUUGGUAAGACGUCAGCCAGCUCGCCUUUCGCAAUGGCAAACACAGCUCCCUCUACCAAUGUUUUUGGAUCUGUUGAGGUGUCAACUGCUCCAUCAGGAGUCAGUACAGGUUCGAUAUUUGGAGGUGGAGGGUCAGCAAACAAUGGCGCCAGUUAUUUCGGUGGAAUUGGAUCUGGAACGCCGACAACGGCUGCUUCGAGUGUAUUUGCCAGCAACACUGGUGGAUCACUUUUUGGAACAAUUGGCUCGACACCGCCAGCAGCUGCAGGAGGGUCUAUAUUUGGUGGUACCUCAUCGUUUGGAAACACGAGCAACAUAUUUGCUGGGGCUACAACGAGUGCCAGCGUGGGAGGAUUUGGAGCACCGGCAUUUGGACAACCUAGUUCGCCACAGUCGGCCCAGUCAAUAUUUGGGGGUUCAGCAAAUACAACUGGAUUUGGAAACACGAGUUUUGGUUCACCUGCGCCUGUCGGAGGAUCAUUCAGUCAACCCGCAGGUGGCAGCGUAUCACAGUCAGGAUUUGGCUCCCCAACGUCGUCUGCAUUUGAUAAACCCGCGUUUGGAGGAGCUCCUGCAUUCGCCGGAGCACCCACUUUCGGUGGGACACCAACUUUCGGAGGUGCGCCAUCCUUUGGCAGUCCGCCAACUUUCGGAAGUAAACCAACAUUUGGGACUCCGAGUGGUUUUGGCCAGGCACCGAUUAGCCCUUCCACGCAGUCCAAUAAUUUGUUCGAGCAACUAGGAUCAUCAUCGUCUGGUGUUUCGUUCGGUAAUUUGGCUCAACAACCGACCCAAAAACCGCCUCAGUUCGGUGGCUCGUCAUUCUCGAGCUGGCGUUCAUAGAUUGUGGACAUCGUAACAAUACCAGUGUAAGCAUGAUAAACUCUUCCGUGUUAUUAUUUUAAUGACAUUAAGUUUUAUCUGUCCGUUAUGA